CAAAGGUUUACAUUACAUUUACAGCAGCAGCAGCAGCAAAUCUACUUCUUCGAUUUCGCUGCUCUCGUCUAAGAAUCUGGUAAAGUUGUCGUCUUUGAUCUCGGAAUAAUACUUUCCGUUCACGCCCUAAUUCGUACAAAUGAAACGAGGAAUUGAGGGUAGAGUUCUCUGCUGAGUUUCAAAGAAACCCCCGAGAAAGUAACAUCACCUUCGAUUGCUCUCAUUCUGGUCCCUGCGUUACUGAGUUUUAAAAGUUUGAUUUCAGGAGUUAGAGGAGCUUAAUACGAGGAAAUUUAAGAACUAAAAUUUUCCGAAAUAUACUGAACUUCGGUAUAAUUUAACACAAAAGCUUUUUGUGAUGGGAAUUAGUAAAACGGAAGUUAAUUUAAGGAGAUUGCUUGCUGCUGCGCCUAAGCAGCAAAACCAGGCAAAGCUUGUUCAUUAUGUUGCCACUUUAAGAGAACUUUUAGAGCAACUAGCGGAAGGCGUACCGAGGCUAAUUUGUUUGUAUGCUCUUAGACUUUCAAAGGCUGUAGUGAGUGAUUAUUCAGAGAAGAUUGAAGCUGUUGCUUGCAGAUUAACUUCCAUGGCGCCUAGUGUGCAAGAUCCCCAAGAGUCUUUUGAAGGUGUUUCUAUUCAAGGCAGUUCUCCUGCAGUAGAAGAAGAAAGUCAUACUACCCCUUCUGAAGGACUGAGAAGGAGAUCUGUUGUUUUGUUUGAAUCUUAUAAUAGGCUUGCCUCGAAUAUUGAAGAUGAAGCCUGUGAGACAACUGAUGCUAAUUCUUCAACUCCCGUCAAAUUGGAUUCUGUGGCACAAGCACACAUAGAAAAGCAUAGAAAGCUUCAGGAGGACUUGACUGAUGAAAUGGUUGUAUUAGCAAGGCAACUCAAAGAGAGUAGCCUUAUAGUGAACCGCUCACUGCAAAACAGUGAAAAGAUACUUGAUUCUACAGAAGAAGCCAUUGAACGUAGCCUGGCAAGCACUGGUCACGCAAAUGAUCGGGCCUCAGAGAUAUACUCGAAGAGUUCUACGACUACAUGCUUCACCUGGCUUGUGAUCUUUGCAAUGGCGUGUAUAUUCAUCAUGGUUGUGUUAUUGAUUCGUGUUACUUGAAGUUAUUUCUUAUGUCGGG